AUGUUGGAAAAAUUAGUCAACGCGGUGACGAUCCGGAACGAAACGGUCCGACAGGGCUUGGCGGAAGCUCUGGGGACCUUCCUCUUGAUGAGUUUUGGCCUUGGCUCCGUGGCACAAGUCGAGUUGGGAAAGAAAAGUUUUGGAGACUACCUGAGCAUCAACCUUGGGUUUGGGUUUGGUGUCAUGUUGGGAGUCCAUGCAGCUGGUGGAAUCUCAGGUGCUCACAUGAACGCGUCCAUCAGUUUCGCCAACUGUGUGGUAGGAAAUCUACUCUGGCGCAAACUCCCGGCAUACGUGAUUGGCCAGUUCUUUGGAUCCUUCGCCGCGUCGGCUGUUAUUUUUGCUUUAUAUUAUGGCAACUGCUGGUGGUGGGUGCCGCUGGUGGCCCCAACCCUUGGAUGCCUUGUUGGGAUGUUCAUCUACAACAUCCUGAUAGACUUCCACAAUCGCUCUCCCUCAGAUCCAGAACCUUCAAAGCAAGACCUGGAGGCCGAGUUGACGUCUCCCAUGUGA